AUGGAUUCCCACGCCUACCGCAACUACAACUACGACUACGAGUCCACCGCCUCCACUCCCUCGCUCCGCGCAUUCGAGCCGCAGCCCAACCCGCAAGCCCAAAUGGACGACGCCGGCAACGUCAAGGUCGUUGUGCGCUGUCGCGCCUUCGUGCGCAGAGAGAUUGAGCGCGGCGCCGAAUGCCUCAUUCGCAUGGACCCUAGCACCCAAAAGACCACCCUCCUGCCGCCCGCCGAAGCCAAUGACCCUGCGAAUUCACGCGCCGCCAGUCGCAAGGUCUACGAGGAGAAGUCGUUUAUCUUCGACAAGUCUUUCUGGUCACACAACGAGUCGGAUCGACACUAUGCCCAUCAGGAAGACGUCUAUCGCUCGUUCGGCGAGGAGUUUCUCGACCACAACUUCGAUGGCUACCACACCUGCAUCUUCGCCUACGGCCAGACCGGCUCCGGCAAGAGUUACACUAUGAUGGGUACCCCUGAGCAGCCCGGUCUCAUCCCGCGUACUUGCGAGGCUCUCUUCGAUCGCAUCAACAACGAGCCCAGCCCCAACACCACCUACAGCGUUCACGUGUCCUAUUUCGAAGUCUACAAUGAGCAUGUCCGAGACCUGCUGGCCCAGCGCACUAACCCACCCAUUUAUCUCAAGAUUCGUGAAUCGCAAACGGAUGGUGUCUACGUCCAGGGCCUGGCCGACGCUCCUGUACGGAGCUAUGCAGACGUCGAGCGUCUCAUGAAGAUUGGUGAUCAUAAUCGCACGACAGCUGCCACCAAAAUGAACGAUACUUCUUCACGUUCCCAUGCAGUCUUCACCAUCAAUCUCAAGCAGAUGCAACACUCUCUGCUCACCGAUGAGACGAUCGAGCGCUCGGCUCGCAUGCGCCUUGUUGACCUCGCUGGAUCCGAGCGUGCCAAGAGCACCGAGGCAACAGGACAGCGCCUGGUUGAAGGUGGUAAGAUCAACAAGUCUCUGACCACUCUUGGCCGUGUCAUUGCAGCUCUGGCCCAGAACGGUGGGAGCGGUUCCACUUCCGACGGGCGCCCCCGCAGUGGCCAUGGCAAGAAGCGCGAACUGGUUCCCUACCGUGACAGCGUCCUCACCUGGCUGUUGAAGGAUUCUCUCGGCGGUAACAGUAAGACUGCCAUGGUAGCUUGCGUUGCCCCUGCCGACUACGACGAGACGCUGUCCACGCUCCGCUACGCCGACCAGGCCAAGCGCAUCCGCACCCGCGCCACGGUCAAUCAAGACUCUAUGUCGUCCGCCCAGCGUGAUGCUCAAAUCGCUGCUAUGGCCGAGCAGAUUCGCCAAUUGCAGACGUCCGUCAAUGCCUCUACCAUUCGUCGCCAGCAGGCUGAGGCGGCAGAGCUUGAGGAUUACCAGCGCCGGGUGGAAGUCAUGCAGCGUCUCAUGGAAGAGACGCGCCAGGUGUCCGAAGCCAAGAUCAAGGCUUUGACCGCAGAAGUUGAGGAACUCCGUCCUCUCAACCAGACGCUGCGUGCCGAGUCGGAAGCUUUGCGUCGUCAUCUGACCCUUGCGUUAGGCGAGCUGAAGAAUCCCAUUGUGCUGCCGCCUAUCCAAGGCCUGGACCUGUACGGCGGACUGGAAGAAGACGAAGAAGAUGAGGAAGAUGGGGAGGAUGUUGAAGCCGGACAUGAUGACAAAGAGAACGAGCCCAACGCGGGCAAGAAGCUUGUCGAAGAGGAGGAUCCGCAAGACUUGCUCGCUGCAGAGUUGCAGUCUCAUGCGGAUGACUUCCUGAAAGACCUUGGCCUGUUCAGGCGGAAGGUCAAUGACGACUUCUCUCGUUUCGGGCCAAGAAGUCCGCUGACAGAUGUUGUGGUCAACUGA